CAUCAAAACCCUCCAACAUUUUUCCACAAACCAUUUUUUUUUUUAUUUUUUUAUUUUUAUUUUUUAUUUUUGUAAGUUCAGUUUCAAACUUUUGUUUGGUCUUGUGCGGGCGCUGCUGCUGCGUGCGGUUUCAAAGCCAAUUCGUUUACGUUUCACCAUUCUCUACUUUUCUCCCCAUUUCUUCCCUUUUUACUCCAAAUUUAGCUUCUUCUCUUCUGCUUUCAUGGCUUCUCUCUGAAAAUUUCUCCAACCCAUUUGCCCAAGGAACACACAGAAAAAUUACAGUGUAGUAUGAAGGAGAAAGACACUCAUAAUCAUUCAUGGCGUCUUCCAAUUAUCAUUUUCUUCAUCUUAAUCACAGGUACAAUUGUCGAGGGACAAGAAUUGCAGAGAGACAGAGAAGUUUUGUUACAGUUGAAAUUCUUUUUAGAAAAACACAAUCCCAUUAAACGAGGAAAAUAUUCGUUUUGGAAUUUGCAGAACUCGCCUUGUUCUUGGUCUGGAAUAUCCUGCAAUCAAAUCAAUUCCCAAGUGACCGGAAUUGACCUUUCAAAUGAAGAUAUUACCGGCACAAUUUUUCAUAAUUUCUCUGCCUUUCCGGCGCUAACGGACCUCGACCUCUCUAGAAACACUCUCUCUGGGCUAAUUCCCGGCGACUUGAACAACUGCAGAAAUCUCCGGCUGCUGAAUUUGUCGCACAACAUCAUCGAUGACAAGUUGAACUUGUCGGGGUUGGUCAAUAUCGAGACUCUGGAUUUGUCGGUCAACCGGAUUUGGGGAGACAUACGGUUGAAUUUUCCGGGCAUUUGCAGAAAUUUGAUUUUCUUUAAUGUUUCCGGUAAUAAUUUCACUGGUCGGACGGAUGACUGUUUUGACGAAUGCCGGAAUUUGCAGCAUGUGGAUUUGAGCUCCAACAGAUUCAAUGGUGGAUUGUGGGGUGGGUUGGCGAGGACUCGUUUUUUCUCAGCGUCGGAGAAUGAACUUUCCGGCGAGCUAUCGCCGGCGAUAUUUACUGGGGUUUGUAAUUUGGAGGUGUUGGACCUGUCAGAGAAUAAAUUUUCCGGCGGAGUUCCAGUGGAGGUUUCUAAUUGUGGGAAUUUGUCUUCUUUGAAUCUUUGGGGGAACCAAUUUUCCGGGAAAAUUCCGGUGGAAAUUGGAAGAAUUUCGGGUUUGCAGAAUUUAUAUCUGGGAAAGAACAAUUUUUCCCGGGAAAUUCCUGAAUCCCUCCUAAGUUUGAACAACUUGGUGUUCCUCGAUUUGAGCAAGAACAAUUUCGGAGGGGACAUUCAAGAAAUCUUCGGUAGGUUUACACAGGUGAGAUUCCUUGUUCUUCAUGGGAAUUCUUACACCGGAGGGAUUUACUCUUCUGGGAUUCUUAAGCUCCCAAGCGUUGCUCGUUUGGAUUUGAGUUUCAACAACUUUUCAGGUUCAUUGCCUGUAGAAAUCUCUGAAAUGAAGAGCUUGGAGUUCUUGAUUCUUGCAUAUAAUAAGUUCAAUGGAGUGAUUCCAUCAGAAUAUGGGAACUUGCUGAAUCUUCAAGCUCUUGAUCUCUCAUUCAACAACUUAAAUGGAUCAAUCCCAAGUAGCUUUGGGAAAUUGACUUCACUUUUGUGGCUAAUGCUGGCAAACAACUCCUUGACUGGUGAAAUUCCCAGGGAGCUUGGUAAUUGUUCUAGCUUGUUAUGGCUGAAUCUUGCGAACAAUAAGCUACAUGGGCGCAUCCCGUCCGAGCUUUCGAACAUUGGAAAGAACGCCACGGCGACAUUCGAAAUGAAUCGACAAACCGAAAAGUUCAUCGCUGGAUCAGGGGAGUGCUUGGCUAUGAAGAGAUGGAUACCAGCAGACUACCCUCCUUUCAGAUUUGUUUACACAAUUCUUACAAGGAAGAGUUGUAGAAGCAUUUGGGAUAGAUUGUUGAAAGGGUAUGGCCUUUUCCCAUUUUGCAGCAGAAUUAGAACACUGCAAAUCUCUGGUUAUGUUCAGCUAACUGGGAAUCAGUUCAGUGGUGAGAUACCAAAUGAGAUUGGAAUGAUGAAGAACUUCAGUAUGUUGCAUUUGAGUUGCAACAAUUUUAGUGGGAAGCUCCCUCCACAGUUGGGGAAUCUGCCACUGGUUGUUCUAAACGUCUCGGAAAAUCGUUUUUCGGGCGAGAUCCCGACCGAGAUUGGAGGCCUGAAGUGCUUGCAGAACCUUGAUUUAUCAUACAACAACUUCUCUGGCAUGUUCCCUAGAAGUUUCUUGAACUUGAAUGAGCUUAACAAAUUCAACAUUUCAUAUAAUCCUCUCAUAACUGGUGAAGUCAUUCCAAGUGGGCAAUUCUCAACGUUUGACAAGGACUCAUAUCUUGGCAAUCCUCUUUUGCGCCUUCCAUCGUUCUUCAACAUAACACCGCCGAAGUCACCUGCCAACCCAAGAAUGGCAGGAUCAUCCAAAAGGAACUCAACGCUAAUUGGGAUGUUGGCUUCCUUAUCAUUGAUCCUUGCUUUCUUAAUAUUUGGUGCAUUUUCUCUUAUAGUGUUCUCAAUGGUGAGAAACUCAGAUGAAUCACGAGGACAUCUCUUGGAUGAUAUAAAAUAUAUGAAAGACUUCGGCUCGAGUUCUCCCAGCUCGUCGCCGUGGUUUUCGGAUUCGGUAACGGUGAUUCGACUUGACAAAAUGGUUUUUACGUAUGCUGAUAUUCUAAAAGCCACAGGAAACUUUUCAGAGGAUAGAGUGAUUGGUAAAGGAGGAUAUGGAACAGUUUACAGAGGAAUGUUACCUGAUGGGAGGCAAGUGGCAGUGAAGAAGCUUCAGAGAGAAGGGAAUGAUGGUGAAAGAGAGUUCCAAGCUGAAAUGAAGAUUCUUACUGGAAAUGGCUUCAACUGGCCGCACCCGAACCUUGUUCAACUUUACGGAUGGUGUCUUGAUGGGUCGGAGAAGAUUUUGGUGUAUGAGUACAUGGAAGGAGGGAGCUUGGAAGAUCUCAUAGUAGACAGACUUAGACUAAACUGGCAGCGUCGCAUCGAUCUUGCGAUCGAUGUGGCACGAGCAUUGGUAUUUCUGCAUCACGAGUGCUUUCCUUCUAUUGUGCAUCGUGAUGUGAAGGCAAGUAAUGUUCUGCUUGAUAAAGACGGUCGAGGACGGGUGACAGACUUCGGGUUGGCUAGAAUUAUGGAUGUAGGAGACAGCCAUGUGAGUACCAUGGUGGCUGGAACCAUUGGUUACGUAGCACCCGAGUAUGGACAGACAUGGAAAGCUACGACAAAGGGCGACGUGUAUAGUUUUGGAGUUUUGGCAAUGGAAUUUGCUACGGCAAGACGAGCACUGGAUGGAGGGGAAGAGUGUCUAGUUGAAUGGGCUAAAAGGGUGAUGGGAAAUGGGAGACCAGGGUUGAGUAGAGCAGUGAUACCAGUGGCAGUUUUGGGGUCGGGGCUCGUCGACGGGGCGGACGAGAUGUGCGAGCUGCUGAAGAUUGGGGUGAGGUGCACACAUGAAGCACCAGGGGCAAGACCGAACAUGAAGGAAGUGCUAGCUAUGUUGAUCAAUAUCAUAGGGUUAAGAGGGGGAGAUGAAUUCAGCCAGAUGUUCUCCCCUACUCCAUGCAUUGAUCAAGAUUUUGAUUGAAGAAAUGUGAAUAACCUUAGGUUGUUACAUAGUGUUUGAUAGACAUAAGAUAAUACUGAUACCUACACACUUCAAUUUAUUACCAUUCAUCUUGUAAACAAAAACAUUCAUCAUUCACAAAAUGUUGAAAGAAAAAAGAAAGAAAAAAAAAAAAAAAAGAAUGAAGAAAGAAUUCCUCUCUGUUUUGCCUUUUGGUUUCCUUGCAAGAAUAAUGAACACAUCUCCUAUGGCCCA